UGAUUUCGUUAGACUCAUACAAUUAAAUCAGUCUUUUCUGUGCAACAAAUUGCUUAGAAAUAGUACACAAUAAAAAAUAAAAACAAGGAAAAUACAUAUAAGGCGAUCUUCUGACUCACAAGUAAUGCAUUUAGCUCUAGUUAAUUAUUAUAACUGGUAAAAGGUGCAUUGUGUAAGAGAUUUUUUUCUUUUCUUUUGUUUUCUUUUGCAGUACCAGGGGAAGUUCUUUAUGUACUACACGGUUUUCUGCUGCAAUAUAUACCCCUGAUAUUAGCUUGAAAUUUAUACUUCUUUGAUCAGUGUAAAGAUGAAAGGCUGCAACUUUUUGUUCAUUACCAUUUGCCUUUUACUGAUAUCAGGGCUUGGCGUCCAUUCUUUGUCUUAUGAUUAUUCUGCUACCACAAAGUGUUUAGUAGAACCUGAGAGAGCGCAGUAUGGAGGAGGCAUUAUAGUAAAUCCAGAAUUUGAUCACAACAUAGAUAGUUGGAGAGUGUUUGGAAAAGGGUCAAUCAAGGAACAAAUAUCGAAUGAAGGCAAUAGAUUCAUUGUUGCUCACAACAGAACACAGCCCUUGGAUAGUUUCUCUCAGAAGGUCCAACUUCAGAAAGGAAUGCUAUACACCUUUUCUGCUUGGUUUCAGGUGAGUGAAGGAAGUGACACGGUGUCAGUGAUGUUCAGAACAAAAGAAAGUGAACUGGUACGAGGUGGCCAGGUGAUAGCAAAACAUGGAUGCUGGACCCUUCUAAAAGGUGGCAUAGCUGCAAACUUUUCAAGCCCUGUUGAUAUUCUUUUUGAGAGCAAAAACUCAACUGUGGAAAUAUGGGCUGACAAUGUCUCGUUACAACCAUUCACGAAAAAGCAGUGGAGAUCACUACAAGACGCCAGCAUUGAGAGGGUACGUAAGAGGAGAGUGAGAUUCCAAAUAACCCGUGUAAAUGAAACAGCAUUGAAAGGAGCUACAGUCAUCGCCAGACCAGUAAAGUUGAACUUCCCAUUUGGAUGUGGAAUGAACCAUUACAUCCUCACAAACAAAGACUACCAGAAUUGGUUUGUGUCAAGGUUCAAAUUCGCAACCUUCACUAAUGAGAUGAAGUGGUACAGUACAGAGAAAGAGCAAGGCGUGGAAAACUAUACUGUCGCAGAUGCCAUGCUGAAAUUUACCAAAGAGAAUGGCAUUUCUGUGAGAGGCCAUAACAUUUUCUGGGACGACCCAAAAUAUCAGCUUGAAUGGGUCAAGGCCCUAUCACCUGCGGAUUUGAAAAAAGCAGCAGCAAAAAGAAUGGAAUCUGUGGUUUCAAGAUACAAAGGACAACUGAUUGCAUGGGAUGUGAUGAAUGAGAAUCUACACUUCCACUUCUUUGAGGACAAACUCGGCCAAAACGCCUCUGCAGAAGCAUAUGCAACAGCUUACGAGCUUGAUUCAACGCCAAAAAUGUUCCUGAAUGAGUAUAACACCAUUGAAUAUAGUGGGGAUGAGGCCUCCAGCCCUGUCAACUAUAUGAAGAAAAUUAAGGAGAUUCUGUCAUUUCCAGGAGUUGCUGGAAUGUCAGCAGCAAUAGGGUUGCAAGGCCAUUUUGCAAGUGGCCAGCCAAACCUUGCUUACAUGAGGUCAUCCCUUGAUCUUCUUGCUACAACUGGACUUCCAAUGUGGCUCACAGAAGUCAGUGUGGAUCCACAACCAAGUCAGGCAGAGUAUUUGGAAGAGGUACUGAGAGAGGCGUACUCUCAUCCUGGUGUUGAUGGGAUUAUAAUGUUUUCUGGUCCAGCACAAGCUGGUUUCAAUACCACUACUCUGGCGGAUGAGAAUUUCAAAAAUACUCCUGCUGGAGACGUUGUGGACAAGCUCAUUCGGGAGUGGGGGACUGGGCCUAAUAUUGCCACAGCAGAUGACAGAGGAAUGGUAGAUAUUUCACUGCACCAUGGAGAUUAUGAUGUAACUGUCACACAUCCUCGAAUCCACUCCCCUAGAAAGUUGAAUCUGAGUGUAAAGAGAGAUUUAUCCCUUGAAACCAUUCAUGUGAAAAUGUAUUAAUAAAAUAAGAUUGUAAUA